AUGUCCUCAUGUUCCAAACUAUUGCACGAGCUUUUGCAGUGUAUUGUCCGACAUGUGAAUAGUAACUCAGAGGCGCCAAAUACAAAGGAUUUGAAGGCUUUUCAGCUCGUAUGCAAGAGCUGGAGCAAACCAGCGCAAGAGGUACUUUAUCAGCAUGUCAAGUUGGCCGCACACGCAAGGUCCUUUGCCACGACAAUCACAAAAGCACCUCAUGUUGGAUUAUUUGUCCAAAAGGUAGUUUUCUUGGAAAAUUUUGACACGAACAAAAGACAUCUCGAUGAGAUUUUGCAAGCCAUUGUUCAAUACUGUGUCAACGUCAAGCAAAUACAUUCAUGCUUUUUGCAUCAAACCAGCGAUAUGGUAGAAUUUCUUUUAUCAGAAGGCAACAGCAUCAAAGGUCUCGAAAAGCUGAAAACUGAAAAUCAUUGGAGAAGAGUGGAUCCAGUAGACUACGAGGCGGUUGCCUUGAGAUACAGAAAUACGAUGAAGCAACUCCAUCUGACACAUGAGUGUUUAGACAAAGAGACAACAAGGUUCAUUGAAUACCGGGAGCUUGAGUACAAACUCUAUCUCUUUCUAGCGUUACAGCAACUAGACAUUGCCAAGUAUCUAUUUGAGGAUGUAAACAAGAUGGAUCACAUGCUUAAUAGUUGUUCCCCAUCCUUGUCUGAGCUGUUUGUGGAGGAGUGGUGGUCAACAACGGGCAUUGUCGUGCCACCCCAGGACACGAUUACGCCGAAUACAACCAUCACCAAGCUUAGAAUCAAAUCAGCACGUACAACCCCAGAGACAAUGCAUCAUUUUGCCAUCAAGUUUAAAGCACUGAAGGAGUUGGAUGCAAGAUUCAAUACUGGCAGUGAAUCCAUUGAAGCCAUAGCGGCAUGGUGGCGACACUUGACCAGCAUCAGUCUGGCCCUGACAAGAUACACCUAUGGAAUACAGUUGUCAUACUUUCGACAAGAGCCAGGGGUGGAUCAGUUGAUACGAUGCUUGGAUAUUGUUCAAAAGACAGCGCCUACGACAUGCUCAAGGCAUUUCAAAUUAAAGUAUUGUUACGAAGCGUGCUACGAAUCUGAUAUGAAUAGCAUUUUGAUGUCGUGGACACCCAGCUCGUAUGAUGUGGCAACUGAUCAACGAUAUUCCACUGAUUUUCGCCUGUCUGACUUGGUGAGAUCAUUGCAACAGCUAUACUCGCCAGACUCAAUUCAAUUGCUAUUCAAAAAUUUGGAUAAUGUGUACGAGGCUCUUGCUUACACUGGAGAUGCGGAUAGCAAUCCCAGUGAUGAUGACUGCGCCUAUUUAAGUGGAUUGUCAUACGACUUUGUGCCAGCCCAGAAAAUCAAAAAAAGGUCUUGA